GCCAUCCUAUAUAAAUCUCUCCUCAAUUCAACUACUCACCAUUCUCAAGUCUCUCCCAAGUUUGGACAGCUUCAACACAGCAAUCACCAUCUAAAUCGGGAGACCGUCGUCGAUCGUUCACCGGACAAUUACUGAAUCGUGAGAUCCAAAUACUUCUGAGCUGAGGAGAGGAAGGGAAACAUGGGCUUAGGAGGUGAAAAUGGGAUCAAUGGCCACCAUGUGGACACCAGUUCGGAGUCGGAGGACGCCGGCAGUGGCGUCGGAUUCAGCGGCCCCCUCAGUGGCCCUCUAGGCACUAAGAAAGCAAGCAACAAGAGGAGUGCAAGAUUCAAAGAUGAGCAAACCUACGUAGAGAUCACAUUAGAUGUGAGAGACGACUCAGUUGCAAUCCAGAACAUAGAAAGCCAGGACCAGGAGGCAGCAUUGCUUGCAAAAGCCUUGGGGAGGCGGUCGCCACCGAUCGGCAUCACAUCGAAGUUGAAGCAGGUGUCGCAGGAGCUGCGGCGGAUGGCAUCGUUCUCCAAGAAGCCUGCAGGGAUUGAUAGGACCAAGUCCGGCGCCACUCGGGCGCUGAAGGGGCUCCAGUUUGUGACCAAGAACGUGGGGAGUGAUGGUUGGCCGGAGAUCGAGAGGCGGUUCAAUGCGCUCGCCGUCGAUGGUGUUCUCCUGAGGACAAGGUUUGGGCAAUGCAUAGGAAUGGAUGGAUCAGAUGAGUUUACCCUUGAGGUAUACGACGCAUUGGCACGGCGGAGGGGGAUCAUAGCGGCGGUGCUAACAAAAGAAGAGCUCCAAGAAUUCUGGGAGCAGCUCUCUGACCAAAGCUUCGAUGCUCGCCUUCAAACCUUCUUUGACAUGGUGGACAAGGAUGCAGAUGGCCGGAUAACAGAAGUAGAGGUCAAAGAGAUCAUCAGUCUCAGUGCAUCAGCAAACGGGCUAUCGAAGAUCCAAGAACGCGCCGAUGAAUACACAGCCCUAAUCAUGGAAGAGCUAGAUCCUAACCAUUUGGGCUAUGUUGAGCUUUACAACCUGGAGAUGCUACUGCUUCAUCCAGCUGACAAUUCCACUAGGUUAACAGCCUACAGCUCCAACCUCAGCCGGCUCAUUAGCCAGAAGCUAGUAGCCACCAAGGACCCCAACCCCCUCCGCCGCUGCUAUCGGAGAUUCUCCUACUUCAUGGAGGACAAUUGGAAGCGAGUUUGGGUGAUCGCCCUCUGGCUUGCCAUCUGCGCCGGCCUCUUCACCUGGAAAUUCAUCCAAUACCGCCAUCGUGCCGUCUUUCAUGUCAUGGGCUACUGUGUCACCACCGCCAAGGGCGCCGCCGAGACCCUCAAAUUCAACAUGGCCAUCAUCCUCUUCCCCGUCUGCCGGAACACCAUAACUUGGCUCAGGUCCAGGACCAAGCUAGGACUGGUUGUUCCGUUCAAUGACAACCUCAAUUUUCACAAGGUAAUCGCUAUGGGGGUUGCUAUCGGCAUAGGGCUCCAUGCAAUAGCUCACUUGACUUGUGACUUCCCUAAACUCCUACAUGCAACCGAUGCAGAGUAUGUGCCGAUGAAGCCCUUCUUCGGCGAUCGGCGGCCACCAAAUUACUGGUGGUUUGUGAAGGGGACAGAAGGAUGGACUGGGGUGGUCAUGGUUGUGCUUAUGGCAGUGGCCUAUGUGUUGGCCCUGCCUUGGUUCCGCCGGAGCAGGCUAAAGGCUUCUAACCCACUCCGCAGGCUCACCGGCUUCAAUGCGUUUUGGUACUCCCACCACCUCUUCGUUAUCGUGUACGCGCUCUUCAUCGUCCACGGGGAAUGCCUCUACCUUACCAAGAAGUGGUACAAGAGGACGACAUGGAUGUACCUCGUUAUCCCAGUGAUGUUGUAUGUAUGUGAACGCCUUCUACGUGCCUUGAGGUCUGGCUACAGGACCGUUAGGGUUCAAAAGGUUGCAGUGUACCCAGGAAAUGUGCUGGCCCUUCAAAUGUCCAAGCCCCAUGGUUUCAAAUACAGGAGCGGGCAAUACAUCUUUGUUAACUGUGCUGCAGUCUCCCCAUUCCAGUGGCACCCCUUCUCCAUCACUUCAGCUCCUGGAGAUGAUUAUCUCAGCAUCCAUAUCCGCACCAAAGGUGACUGGACCUCAAGGCUCAGGGAUAUCUUCUCAGAGGUUUGCCGGCCUCCUACUGCCGGCCAGAGUGGACUGCUCAGAGCUGAUCUCAUGGCAAGGGAAAGCGAUCCGAAGUUUCCGAAGCUUCGGAUCGAUGGCCCUUAUGGUGCUCCGGCACAAGACUACCGGAAGUACGACGUCCUCCUCCUCAUCGGCCUCGGCAUCGGAGCAACUCCAUUGAUAAGCAUACUUAAAGAUGUGCUGAAUAAUAUCAAACAGAAUGGAGCAGUGGCAGGAGAUGUGGAAGGUGGCAACAAACCUAAGAAGGCAUUCAUGACACAACGAGCCUACUUCUAUUGGGUGACAAGGGAGGAAGGUUCUUUUGAGUGGUUCAGAGGGGUGAUGAACGAGGUGGCGGAGAAGGACAAGGAUGGUGUGAUCGAGCUCCAUAACCAUUGCACAAGUGUGUAUGAAGAAGGGGAUGCACGGUCGGCCCUCAUUGUGAUGCUCCAAGCACUCCACCAUGCAAAGAAUGGGGUUGACAUCGUAUCCGGGACGCGUGUGAAGACCCACUUUGCCCGGCCAAAUUGGCGCAAUGUCUUCAAGCAUGUCGCAGUUAACCACCAAAACCAACGUGUUGGAGUCUUUUACUGCGGUCAGCAAACAUUGGUAGCAGAAUUAAGACGGUUAGCACAGGAUUUCUCGCACAAGACGAACACAAAGUUUCAAUUCCACAAGGAGAAUUUUUGAUGUUAUUAUUUAAUACAAAUCAUAUUUUUUUGCCGUAGAAAUAUGUUGUAAUCUGUAUAAAAUAGUAAAUCUGGAUGUAAGUUUCUUUGAAGUCAUACUUAGUUUUAUGGCCAAUGUUACAAAGCAUUAUGUCUGGUGUUCGUAAUC